AUGUAGAUGAUUAUUUAUACAGCUGUUGCCUCUAAAAAAUCAAAAUAGAAGAAUUAUGAGUAUUUAAAUGAGACAGUAAUGUAUAUUGUACUUACAGUUCUGGUUAGUUUUAUUUCCUUCUGCAUUCUGCUCUUCAUUAUUAUGGCAUGCUUGCAUCAAAGAGGAUAUCGAUUUAUUAAAUAGGAGAAACUACACUAAAAUGAAAUUUAAUAGCAACAAUAAAUGAUUGUGAUAGUACCACCUCAUGAGAAAUAGCAAUACAAGUAGUUCUUAUAUGAUGUCAACCAAACAAUGGAUAUCAGUAGAUUAUCAGAUCAUUAAUGA